GUCGCGUGGUCUGCAUUGGUUGAGUUUCUGAACGCAGCACGGUGGAGUGUCAUCACGUCAGCACGGCAGGCUGCUCCACAUAUAGGGGCGGCAGUCUUGUUCAGUGUGCGAGGCGGUAGAGCGUCGCGUCGUUUCUUGUAAAUACGUUAUGCCACCGCAGCAUAAAAAAUAACGUUUAAUUAUAACCUCGUGCAAGUCUACUUGCAUUUUGACUGAAAGAUACUAGCUGCAAAAAAACACUAGACGGAACGAAUAAACGAGUGAUCAGUGUAUUAAUUACGAGAGCGAUAUGAGUAAAUUCAACGAUGGCGAGCAAGUGCUCGCCAAGUCGCCGAACAGCGAGGAAUACCUCAGAGCCAAAGUUAUUGGCUCAAGUACGGGCAACAGGAUUCGAGUGCAGUUUCGCGGUGGUUCGGAAUAUACCGUCAGCGUGGCUGACGUCAAGCCUCAAAGAACCUCAAGGAGUCAAACAAGAAUAAGAGGUAGGACUACUGGUAAGAGUCCUUCAAGAAAUUCACCAAGCAGAAAAUCACCGGCAAGAAGAUCACCUGCUAGAUCGCCAAAUUCCCAGGGCAGGAAAUUACCUGUUCGUAGUACCAGGCAAGCUAAAGUCACUAUUGCCAGAUUAGAAAUGCAAAAAGAUAACUCUAGUGACACAGAUAGAACUGAAGAGUCUGAAAGUCUGAAUGAUGAACCUGCCAUUCAAUCACGUUUAAAAGAUCUAAAACCAAGACGUUCAAUUAGAAUCAUGUCAAAUGCAUCUAAAGCAGAACGUGAUCAAAAAUUGCAAAAGUUGAGGGGUGGUGAUAGAGCUGCUUCUCUUCCUGUUGACAGAAAGUCUUUUGAUGAGGGGAUAGAUAGAAGUUUCUCUGUGCAGAGAGAUGAUGAAAUGAAAAUACAUUAUGAAUCAGAUACUGACACUGACGUACCAAGUGAAUUGCCAAAGGGCAAAAUGAUAAUCCAUUUAAAUUUAAGUGAUCCCCAAGAGUGGUGUGGACGAUUUGGUGCACUGUUCCUUGUGCUAUCACUACCUGUUUGCAUUCUUUUACUGCAACUUGCUUGCAUGAACAACCAUUGUAGUAUGAAGAAUUUCCGAAUUCCUCGACUAAGGGAAUGGAAAUUAUUUUUAAAUCAGAAUGCAUUCUUAUUGUAUGCAGGAUAUUUGUGCUACAUUGCAAUAAUGUCGGUGCUACCUAUUGGUAGGCUUGUUAAUGGCCAGCAGACUAAACUCGGUAUUUUGCAAUACCGGAUAAACGGAAUAUGGACUCUUUUUCUUACAAUAGCUAUUUUUGGUGGUUGUAUUCACCAAGGCUACAAUAUUGAUGACUUUUUGCUUAAAAAGUCACUUGCACUGACGGCAGCUGGCGUAGUAUAUGGGACACUCUUGUCUAUGGCUUUGUACAUCAAAUCUGGCAGAACGCCUUUAUCAAAACUAAACCUUUACGGCACAACCAAUAGUUACAUUUACAACUUUUGGCAAGGUGGAGAAAUUUCUCCACGAGUUGGGCUCAUCGACAUAAAGCAAGUGAUAUUCUAUGCUGGAGUGAUAGCGACGAUUAUAAUCAAUUUAGCAGCAGGAGUAAAAAUUGUAAAAGAAGUGGAUACAUUUGAAUUGAACAAUCUACAGCAAUUGAAUUAUGCUGCACUUGCUUCAGUUAUUUUGCAAAUAGUUUAUCUUCUGGAUAAUUUAAUUUUCGAGACCAAAUUCCUUUCAUCCUUUGAAGUUGUUUAUGAAGGAACGGGGUACAUGCUGAGUGUUGGAUAUUUAAUCUAUCCUUAUCUCGGAACUAUUACUACUAGAUACCUUUUGGCUCAUAAAAUUCAUCAGCCCAUGUACUUGAUAGCCUUUUGCACUAUUCUCUUCAUCAUUGGACUUUAUAUCUAUAGAGCCAGUAACAAUCAGAAACAUGAGUUCAGGAAAAAUCCGUUCUCUCUUGCAGUAGCUCAUUUAGAAACGAUACCAACCUCGAGAGGCAGAAGUUUAAUUGUAUCUGGAUUCUGGGGAUACGUCAGGCAUCCAAAUUACCUUGGUGACAUCCUGGUACACUGGUCAUUGGCUUUACUAGGUUUAGCCCCUGACAUAUUGCCGUAUAUUCUUGCCAUUUUUACGACGCUGUUGCUCAUUCAUCGAGCGGUAAGAGACAACGCUCGAUGCCAGAAACGGUACGGAUACGCAUGGGAGCAGUAUUGUCAGCGUGUCAAGUACAUAAUUUUUUAUCGGGUAUUUUAAGAAAAAAGAAAAGACAAGCAACUUAUCAAAUGAAUAAACAAAUAAAUCAUCUAUCAAGAGUGAGCGUCGAUGCAUACUUUGAAAUGCAUUUAUGAAGUUUUACAUAUUUUUAGAAUGAAAUUGACACGAUGCCUAAUUUUACGCAUCCAAAAUAAAAUAUAUAUUGUCGAGAGUUUUUAUGUUCAAUUAGAAGUAUUAUUUUAUAGAAAUAAAACAAGUAAACGCAAUUCAGAGUGUCAGAUGCAUAAGUGAGAAUUUUAGCGGCCUUAGUGAAUGAACUUUUAUUGACGGGUCGCGUCAAAUGUGCGUAUGUAUAGACAAACGAACGAGGCUUUUAACUUCAGAGCUAUAUGAUUCCAAGUUGGCUCGUUUGCGUAUCCGAUCUCGCCGUGGAAUUUUUAUAAAUACCUGAAGCUAAAAGUGACAGAUGUUUUUUAAUGGAAUAAAAAAGAACAAAUCGAUUUUUUAGCAAAGUAUUUGUGCAUGACAUUUAAUUGUAAUGAAUCUUAAUUGAUAAGGAAUUUUAUACUUUUUUAUAUAAAUAUAUUAUAUAUAUUGAUGUAAAACUUGGCUACACAAUGGAUGAAUUUGGUAAUUAAAUCGAUUCGUAAUACCAAAAUUUAAAGAAAAAAAUAAAUGAU